AUGACACUUGCGCCGAUGCAUCCAGCGUUCAUCCAGCGCAACGCCUUCAUCAAGAUGCAGAUCUUCGUCAAGACCCUUACGGGUAAGACUAUCACCCUUGAGGUGGAGUCCUCGGACACCAUUGACAAUGUCAAGUCCAAGAUCCAGGACAAGGAGGGAAUCCCCCCUGACCAGCAGCGUCUGAUCUUCGCUGGCAAGCAGCUCGAGGACGGCCGUACUCUUUCUGACUACAACAUCCAGAAGGAGUCCACCCUUCACCUCGUGCUCCGCCUGCGUGGUGGUGGUAAGAAGCGUAAGAAGAAGGUCUACACCACCCCCAAGAAGAUCAAGCACAAGCGCAAGAAGACCAAGCUUGCCGUCCUCAAGUACUACAAGGUCGACGGUGAUGGCAAGAUCGAGCGUCUCCGCCGCGAGUGCCCCGCCCCCGAGUGUGGUGCCGGUGUCUUCAUGGCUGCUAUGCACAACCGCCAGUACUGUGGCAAGUGCCACCUCACCUACGUCUUCGACGAGUCCAAGUAAGCGAUCCAAUCGUGGAUUGCUCCGCCUCUCUUGUUACCGGGGAUGCAAUAGGGUUUUGAUCUAGGGCAAUUUCGGUGGAUUUAGAUUGGUGGAUCUUAGGUUGAGGAGCCUUG